AUGGCGGACCGAUAUUCCUUCUCCCUCACCACCUUCUCUCCCAGUGGAAAGCUGGUCCAGAUUGAAUAUGCUUUGAAUGCUGUCAACCAAGGUGUCACUGCGCUUGGCAUUAAAGCUACAAAUGGCGUCGUCCUAGCUACAGAGAAGAAAUCUUCAUCGACCCUCAUCGAAGCACCCUCGCUAUCCAAAAUCUCUCUGGUCACCCCCGAUAUUGGAAUGGUAUAUGCCGGCAUGGGCCCCGACUACCGAGUCCUCGUCGACAAAGCCCGAAAGGUCUCACACACCGGCUACAAACGCAUCUAUAACGAGUACCCCCCUACCCGUAUAUUAGUUCAAGACGUCGCCCGUAUCGUUCAAGAAGCUACACAGUCUGGUGGUGUUCGUCCAUAUGGUGUCAGCCUGCUCAUUGCCGGAUGGGAUGAGGGCGUCGAACCCGAGGUCGCCGAACAAACGGAAGAAGGAGAAAAGAAGGCCACUGGAAAGACUGGCGGUAUUCUGAAGGGUGGCCCUAGUUUAUACCAGGUCGAUCCUAGUGGAAGUUAUUUCCCCUGGAAAGCCACCGCCAUCGGCAAGAGUGCAACAAGUGCUAAGACAUUCCUCGAGAAGCGCUACACGGAGGGAUUGGAGUUGGAAGAUGCCAUUCACAUUGCUCUUCUUACUUUGAAAGAGACAAUUGAGGGAGAGAUGAAUGGCGAUACUGUGGAGAUUGGUAUCGUCGGACCACCAGCAGAUCAUUUACUCGGUUAUCAAGGAUUGGAAGGCGCUCGAGGCCCGAGAUUUAGAAAGCUUACCAAGGAGGAGAUUGAAGACUACCUGACCAACCUAUAA